AUGGACCGAGUGUUCCUCCUGCUGUCCCUCUUGUCUCUGGGUGUGUCCUCUCAGUCGUUCCCAGACAGUCAGCGUUUGUUCUCCAUCGCUGUGAGCAGAGUUCAGCAUCUCCACAUGCUCGCCCAGCGCCUGUUCUCCGAGUUCGAGAGUUCUCUGCAGAUGGAGGAGCAGCGUCAGCUCAACAAAAUCUUCCUGCAAGAUUUCUGUAACUCAGAUUACAUCAUCAGCCCCAUCGACAAGCACGAGACCCAGCGCAGCUCUGUGCUGAAGCUGCUCUCCAUCUCGUACCGGCUGGUGGACUCGUGGGAGAUCCCGAGUCAUUCUCUUCCUGGAGGUUCGGCUCCGAGGAACCAGAUCCCCCAAAAACUGUCCGAGCUCAAGACUGGAAUCAGCAUGUUGAUCAGCAGGGCCAAUCAGGAUGCAGAGCUGUUCUCCGAUGGCUCCGCCUUCCAGCUGGCUCCUUUCAACGAAUCUCUGAGACGAAGCUACGAGCUGCUAGCAUGCUUCAAGAAGGACAUGCACAAGGUGGAGACGUACCUGACGGUGGCUAAAUGUCGGCUCUCUCCAGAAGCCAACUGCACCCUGUAG